AUGAAUCUCGGCCGUCGCCUCCGUGAAGCUCGGUCCGCCGUCUCCAUCAAACCCCUUGUUCGGCUCGUCAAGCACCAAAUGGCGGGCUCAAAAUCUAAAUCCCCAUCCAGCAAACCAUCUUCCUCUACCUCGAAGCCAACAAAUAAGGUCAUGUUCAUUUGCAAUCAUUGCCCGUUCGUGAAGCAUUUGAAGAAAGAUAUUGUAAAGCUUUCAAACUUCUACAUGAAGAAAGGGCUAGCAGUGAUUGCAAAUUCCUCAAACUCUGUAUCUACUUAUCCACAGGAUGGACCAAAAUUCAUGGCUGAGGAUACUAAGUUAUUUAACUACCCUUUCCUGUAUCUCUAUGAUGAGUCCCAAGAUGUGGCGAGAAACUUUGGAGUUGUGUGCACGCCUGAGUUUUGCAUCAUUCCUCCACUUCUCUGCCCAACCAAUUAA